CCGUCCUCAAGGCUCAACUGCCCUGCCCCUGAACAGCUGGGGCGGCCGCUAAGAACCAACCUUAGCCAGGUGUUGAAAGUCCCGUUAACAACAGCAACGCCACCAAAUCGGCAAUGGACGGGAGCACGGCCGCGGGCCGCGGGCCAAUGAUAGACGCACCAGGUGCUUUUCUGGUGCUCAUCACCGUUUUCGUCUUCUUCCUGCCUCUGCUCAUUUACUUCCCCCCGGUGCCGCCUUCCAAGCGCGAUGCGCUCCUCGAAACACACACCCAAGCCGGCCUUGGGCGCUCACAAGCCAAAGAUGACGUGAACGGCGCGCAGAAGAGCGGCGGCGCAUCGGGCCGGGCCAAGAUCCGCAGCCUCUGGAUCUACCCGCUCAAGUCGUGCAGGGGCAUCGAGGUCGCCCAGAGCAAGGUGCUGCCGACCGGCCUGGAGUUUGAUCGGCUCUACACCUUCGCCCAGCUCAAGAGUCCGUUCCCCGUCGGCCUGCAGACACCGGCCGAUGAGAAGGGCGCGCAUGUGUGGCGGUUCAUCACCCAGCGCGAGUUCCCGCUGCUCGCCACCGUGCAGGUCGACCUCUUCCUGCCGGACAUCGCCAAGGCCCGCGGCCAGCUGUCGGCCAGAGUCGCCGAGCCGUUCCUGCUGGUCCGCUUUCCCUGGCAGGAACGGGGGCUGCGCGGCGUCCUCGAUUGGGCGGCCGCCAAGCUCGCGCGUGGGUGGCCCGCGCGCCCGGAGAAGGAGUUCGUCUUGCCCGUGGUCUUCCCGUCGCGGGAGGAGAUCGACGCGCGCGGCUACGCCUACGAGGAGGUGACCAUCUGGCGCGAGACCGUGACGGCGCUCAAUCUCGAGGUGGAGCUACCCCGGGAGCUCAGCCUCUACCUGGGCGUGAGCAACAGGCUCGGCCUCUUCCGCAUCGACCCGGCCCAGCUGCGAAACGUCUACCGCUGUGCGCCGACGGCAGACGAGGCCGGCUACCAGCCCGUUACUGGCUUCCAGGAUGCCUAUCCCUUGCAUCUUCUGAACCUGGCGAGCGUCCGACAUUUUGACACCAAGAUUGACAAGGACGAGACCCUGCCAGUCCUUGAUCCCAGGAGGUUCCGGGCUAACAUUAUAGUUGACGGAGAUGACACGCCCUAUGACGAAGAGACGUGGAAGAAGAUCCGCUUCAUUCCCGGGCCCGGGAGCAAGCGCGACGCCUCGACCUUCCACGUAUCCUGUCGUACGGUCCGCUGCAAAAUGCCCAACGUCGACCAAGACACGGGCCAUCGCCACCCGGUGGAGCCCGACAAGUCUCUGCGGAAGUUCAGAGACGUCGACGAGGGCGCGAAGCACAUGGGCUGUUUGGGCAUGCAACUGACGCCUCUCUAUCCAAGGACCGCCUCCCCCGACGACCUGGAGAGCUGGGUUGAGGUGGGCAUGUCCGUCGAGGUGCUAGAGCGAGGUAACCACGUGUACAUUAGGCAGUGAAUCAUAUCCAAGGCAAGGAGGAAGUGACAUAUGUAGGUAGGACGGGAAAGGCGUAUAGCAGGGAACUGAAUUUAAACAAGACGUCACGGCUUAGACUCCACAUCCAAUACUGCCCCCCCUAGCCCGUGGCCGGACCUCAAAUCAUGUGUCAAACCAUUGUGCUGGGGAAGACAAUUGUCACAGAGUAAAACAAGUCAUAUCGGCGCACACCGUCCAA